CUGCUGCUCGUCCCCCUCCCACCUCCCCCUCCCCCUCCCCCUCUCUGCUUUGUUCCUGCGGAAGCAAAACCCCACGCCAGGCCAGCCGCGUGGCAAAUCCGCGAGCGCCCGCCGUCUGGUGCUCCAGGAGGCUGCUCGACCCGGAGCUGCCUCGAGGAGCAGCAGGAGCCGGCGGCGUUUGGUCUCCGAGCUGUCGCCGCCGGUGCUGUCGAGAUCUGGGCCACUGAAGCAUUGCAGUAGAGCGUGCAGGGAGCUAAUUUCAUGAGAGACACGUUGAUGUGGUUGGUUCUAGAAAUUACUAAUCUUCAUGGAUGUUCAUAAGAGCACUGUGCAGAAAGCUGCUCUUGUUGAAGAAACUCGAAGACCGCCGCUUGUUCCAUCUGAGAAGCAUAAUGCUUCUUCUUUAAGCCGAGUGAGAGAUGUUGCAUCCAGGUACAAGACUGGUCAGGGUGCUACUGCGACAAGGCGAUGUACAUCUCCUAGUCUUGGCCGGACCUCAACAACUAAUGGUACACCAGUGCCCAAUAGGGCGCAAUCUGCAGACAGAAGAAGACCCUCAACACCUUCAACCCCUUCUUCUAAGGUGUCAACACCCUCCACCCCAACAUCAAGGUCCAUAACACCAGUCCGUGAUACUGUCAAAGAGGUAAAUAAGAGUUCUAGGUGUAUAGCAAAUGAAAGGUCCCCACAUGGCUUGUGGCCAGCAAUGCGGAACCUGUCUCCCUCCUAUCAAUUGGAGUCUGCGGCUGCCCCUGGUAAUAAAAAAGAUAAGGUGGUCUCUAGCCCAUCUUUAGAUCAUAUCAAGGGACAAGCGAGUGUUCUGACUGAGAGGAAGAGGAGUCCUCUGAGAAGGAAGAAAAUUACUGAACAAUGUGAGAAUUCUCGACCUUCAGAAGAUCUACCUAGGAGGGCAACUGAGCAAAACCGUUGGCCAGCCAUGACAAGUGGGCGUGGGCCUGCCAAUCUUAUGCCGAAUACUGAACUUUCUGACAAAUCUAGCAAACCAGUGACUUUGUCAAACACUUCUAGAGGGCUUUCACCGAGGAAGAUUUGUGCUUCUGAAGACGCAGGUAAAAGGUUGAAUCAAUCACUGGAUGAUGUGGCAAGGAGACUAGCUAUUCAUGCAAAAAGAAGAGAUGAACAGUUAGAUUCUGGCAGUGAUGUUUAUUCACAGACAACGGAAAGAUCUAAAUAUGUGAGCCGUCCAAGCAGGACAACCACUUUGCCUGUUCCUGUUCUUCAUCGCUCAUCAUCACCAAACAAGGUCUUGUCAGCUGCAUCCUCUGCUUCUAGGGCUUUUCAGAGUCCAUCGAGGACAAGACCUUCAACACCUUGCCGGUCACAAAGUGCUGGAAGUAUUCAAUCAGGUGUUAUAGCUCCUGUUGUUAGCUACAUGGUUGAUCCAAGAAAGGGAAAGAAAAAUGCCAGCCAAAUUGAAAAUAUCCAUCAGCUGCGUUUGCUGCAUAAUAGAUACUUGCAAUUGCGUCUUGUAAAUGCUCGUUCGGAAGAUGUUCUAUCUUACCAAAAGGCCACUGCUGAGAAUACCAUAUAUAAUGUUUGGAGGAAUACUUCAAACUUGAGGGAUGCUGUUAAUUUGCGAAGAAUCAUGGUGCAGCGUCAUCGACAAGAGUUGAAGCUGUAUGGCAUUCUGCAAGAGCAGAUUGCUUGCCUCGAACAAUGGCCAGCACUUGAAGACGAGAAUAACCUUUCCUUUUCUCGGGCAACAGAGGCUCUAAAAGCAAGUACACUGCGCCUUCCAGUCACGUCAGGAGCAAGGGUGGAUGCAGUUAGUCUUAAGAAUGCUGUAAGCUCAGCUGUUGAUGUCAUGCAAGGUUUGGGAUCGUCAGUUUGUUCUAUGCUUUCCAAGGUCGAAGACAGGACAUAUUUGAUCUCGGAGCUUUCAGUCGUAGCAGCACAAGAAAAGGUCAUGCUUGACGAAUGCAGAGAACUCUUAGCUAUGGCCGCAGAACUGGAGGUACAGGAGUCUAGCCUGCGGACACAUCUUAUGCAAGUAAAGGACUUGCCCAGAUGAAUUAACAACCUGGGCAAAGCUAUACGAUAUACACCAAUCUUCUUGAAUAGGUACACCUGUGCAAGUUGAGCCUGUGACUAUAAGAACAUAUUGUGCAGACAGACAAGGAAUCCGUAGAGAAGAAAUAACGAAACGAAAGAGUAUUAAACAUCCCCUGCCGAUCAAGGUGUGAUGCUGUGCAGAUAACAACUCAACAGAGUUUAGAUAUGAUAGAUUGUAGGUCUCCUCGUGUGUAAAUGGCCUUUACCAUAUAUAUAGUGCACUUCUAGCCCCCCCCCCCCCCCCCCUUUUAGUUUCUUUUCAAGGGUAGUGCCCCAUUCUUUUCCACUGUAUUUUUUUGACAUCUGGAGAGAGAAUGUACAAAUGAAAUUUAAGGGAAAAAGAUACUGAAAGAUAUGGGUUCUCCCUUCUGUGUGCAACAUGUGUUGCCAGAUUUUGUAGCUGA